GUCAUUCAACCUCAUUAAAUUGAAAAGCUUUGAGAACAUGGUUGCAGCCAUUGGUCAAUAUGGGCCACAUUUGCCCAUUCCUAGCUAUCAUGACAUCAGAGUUCCACUCUUGAAGAAGGAAGUUGAAUAUACUGAAAAUUUGAUGAAAGGCCAUAGGGAGCAAUGGGUCAAGUAUGGUUGUACUAUUAUGUCCGAUGCAUGGACUGAUCGGAAACAAAGAUGCAUCAUUAAUUUUUUUAUUAACUCUCAAGCUGGUACCAUGUUUUUGAAGUCUGUUGAUGGCUCUGAUUUUGUGAAGACAGGUGAAAAGCUUUUUGAGUUGCUUGAUGCCAUUGUGGAGGAAGUUGGAGAAGAGAAUUUUGUUCAAGUUGUAACCGAUAAUGGGAGCAACUAUGUUUUAGCGGGUAAGUUGUUGGAGGAGAAAAGGAAACAUAUUUAUUGGACUCCUUGUGCAGCUCAUUGUAUUGAUUUGAUGCUUGAAGAUAUUGGGAAGCUUCCCUUGAUAAGGAAGACAAUUAGAAGGGCAAUUAAUCUAGUUGGGUUUAUCUAUGCCCAUUCUAGUACCUUAAGUUUGUUGAGAAAUUUUACAAACAAGAGGGAAUUGGUGAGACAUGCCAUUACUAGAUUUGCCACUUCUUAUCUAACCUUGGAAAGGCUUCACAAAGAGAAAGCCAAUAUUAGAAAAAUGUUUACUUCUGAUGAAUGGACCUUGAACAAGCUAUCUAAGGAGCCUAAGGGAAAAGAAGCUGCAAAGGUAGUGCUCAUGCCUUCUUUUUGGAAUAGUGUGGUUUACACUCUUAAAGUCAUGGCUCCACUUGUGAAAGUGCUUCGUCUUGUGGAUGGUGAAAGGAAACCAGCCAUGGGCUAUAUUUAUGAAGCAAUGGACAAGGCAAAAGAAACAAUUAUCAAGUCUUUCAACAACAAUGAAAGCAAGUACAAAGAUGUGUUUGAAAUCAUUGAUAAAAGAUGGAAUUGUCAGCUUCAUAGGCCAUUGCAUGCAGCUGCCCACUUCUUAAAUUCAGAGUUCUUUUAUGACAACACUGACUUAGAGUUUGAUUUUGAGGUCACCAAUGGUUUGUUUGAGUGCAUUAAGAAGUUGAUUCCACAAUUUGAUGUGCAACAGAAAAUUCUAACCGAGUUGCAUCUUUACAAGAUUGGUGCUGACCACUUUGGUUUCGACUUUGCAAUGGCUCAAAGGAAAACCCAUUCUCCUACAUAUUGGUGGCGAAUGUUUGGGUCACAAACUCCAAAUUUGCAGAAGCUGGCUAUUAAGAUUUUGAGUUUGACUUGCAGUGCUUCAGGAUGUGAAAGAAAUUGGAGUGUGUUUGAGCAAAUUCAUUCCAAAAAAAGAAAUAGGCUUGAGCACAAGAGGUUGCAUGAUUUGGUGUUUGUCAAAUACAACCAACAAUUGAAGCAAAGAUAUAAUGCAAGAGAUGAAAUUGAUCGAAUUUCUCUUAAUGAUAUUGAUGUAUGCAAUGAAUGGCUCGUGGGAGAGAUGGAUCAAGAUGAUGAUAAUGAUGCUGGAAAUGAUUUGGUAUUUGAAGAUGAUGAUGCUCUAAAUUGGGCAACUGUGUAUCAGGCUUCGGGGGUUGGAGAGUGUAGGAUGUAUACUAGGCAGAAAAAGCAAAAAACAAGUGUUGUUGCUGCCCAAACUUCUAAAAAACAGGCAAUGGUUGUUGGAUCUUCAUCAAGGAAGCAAAAAGCAGUCCAAGAAAAUGAUGAGGAUCUAGAUGUUGAGGAGAAUAUUGAUGUUGAAUCUGAAGAAGAAGAAAUCAUGGUCAAUUUUGAGGCGUCUGAUGGGGAAGAGGGAGAGGGAGAUGCUCCAUUACCAUAUGAUAACAACGAAGAUGAUUAUGUUGGGAUUGGAGAAGAUGAUUAGAGCCUCAACCUUCACUUUGCACUUUGCAUUAUGUUUUUAUCAUUUUCUUAUUUUGAACUCUUUAAUGAGUUUAUUUGGUGUUGGUACUUGAUUAUUGUAUGAACUCAUGAAACUUUUUUAGUUUAUUUGAAUGCAAUCCUUUGUUUUUUUCAAUUUCAAUGAGUUUAUAUAUAUGUUUUUUUUUUUUUGUGUCCGUCAUGACAUCCGCCAUUUUCCGCUACGCCAUCCGCCAUAUUUUUAUGGCGGAUUUUUGACUUUCCGUCAUGAACCGC